AUGGACGUGUUCCAGAAGGUGGAGAAGAUCGGCGAGGGCACCUACGGCGUGGUCUACAAGGCCCGGCGCCGCGACUCCGGCCAGCUCGUGGCCCUCAAGAAGAUCCGGCUGGACCUGGAGGCCGAGGGCGUCCCGAGCACCGCCAUCAGGGAGAUCUCCCUGCUCAAAGAGCUGAAGCACCCCAACAUCGUCAGGCUGCUGGACGUGGUGCACAGCGAGAAGAAGCUGUACCUGGUGUUCGAGUUCCUCAGCCAGGACCUGAAGAAGUUCCUGGACGCCACCCCGGUGGCCGAGCUCCCCCUGCACUUGGUCAAGAGCUACCUCUUCCAGCUGCUGCAGGGGGUGAACUUCUGCCACUCGCAUCGGGUCAUCCACCGGGACCUGAAGCCCCAGAACCUGCUCAUCAACGAGCUGGGCGCCAUCAAGCUGGCGGACUUCGGGCUGGCGCGGGCCUUCGGGGUGCCCCUGCGCACCUACACCCACGAGGUGGUGACGCUCUGGUAUCGCGCCCCCGAGAUCCUCCUGGGCUGCAAGUUCUACUCCACGGCCGUGGACAUCUGGAGCAUCGGCUGCAUCUUCGCCGAGAUGGUGACCUGCAAAGCUCUGUUUCCCGGAGACUCGGAGAUCGACCAGCUCUUCCGCAUCUUUCGGACCCUGGGGACGCCCAGCGAAGCCACGUGGCCGGGGGUCAGCCAGCUGCCCGACUAUAAGGGCAGCUUCCCCCAGUGGGCAAGGAAGGGGCUGGAGGACGUGGUGCCCAACCUGGAGCCGGAGGGCAAGGACCUGCUCCAGCAACUCCUGCAGUACGACCCCAGCCAGCGCAUCUCCGCCAAGGGCGCCCUCGCCCAUCCGUACUUCUCCGCCGAGCCCUCCGGGGCCCCGCACCAGUGUGUGCUGGAGCGCUUCUGCCGCUGA